AUGACAUACGAAAAAAAUACGUCUUUUGGAACAAGUUGCAAAGAUUUACAUGUAUUUUGUUUAUAUUAAUAUAAAAUCUAAAUAUUGAUAGAUGAUCCAGAUUAAAAUUUUAAUUCUUCUCUUUUUUUUUUUAAAUGUAAGCAAUUAUAUAAGCAAUUUCUUUUUAAUAUGUAAGCAAUUGUUCCCACCUACAUAUCUUUAAAAUUUUCUUUAUUUACAUUGGUAAUUUCAAGUGAUAGCCUCUAUCACGAUCAUUCGGAAUUUUUAUUAUUUAUUUUAAUUUUUAUUUAACUUACCUUGAUAUUCAGGAGACAAGAUCAAAGCUGCAUGUACUGUUUUCUAGAAUAGUUCUGAUCAACUAUCGAUGCGAAAAGAAUUUGUAACUCCUUUGAGGAGAACAGGAAGGCAAGUGACAAGGGAUUCUCCGGACGCGAAUCCGCGCCUUCUACUCAAUUAUCUUUAAUAUCGAAAAAUGCAAUUUUAGAAGAUUAUUCAGUUGAUAUUUCAAUAAAAAGCAGAGAAGUUUUGAAGGAAUAUUCUAGAAUUGCAAGUGCCAUGUGUUGCUUCUAUCCACCAAUCGAAAGAAGACAUUUGGACUGA